GGCGGUGGCCGGAGAGCGGCUCCAGGGCUGCAGUGGCCGCCGCCGAGCGAGGCCGCCUCGGGAGAGCCCCUGGGCGCAGACGGGCCGCCGGGGCCGCGCCGAGCAGCGCCCCCUGAGCCCAGAUGCCCGCCUAGCGCCUUCCUCCCGCCUGCGCCUUCCGGGAGGAGUGAUGGAGGAGAGGAGGGCUGGCAGGCCACCCUGGUGUCUGCUGCUCCUCCUGUCGCUCCCUCAGCUUGGCCUGGACCAGGAGGUCUCCUCUGGACCCUUCCCUCAGACACCCGCUGAAGAGGGCCCCGUCCCUGAGGGUGUCUGGGGGCCCUGGGGCCCGUGGGCCUCUUGCUCCCAAGCCUGUGGGGUGGGGGUGCAGCGUAGGAGCCGCUCAUGCCAGCUCCCCAGCCCGCAGCCCCCCCGCAGCCUCCCACCUCGGCCCCCACGGCGUCCAGGAGCCCUGCUGCCCCAGGGCCAGGGCCCCAGGCCUCAGACUCCCCUAGAGCCCCUCUCCGUGCACGGGCCGCAGCUUUGGGGAAGAGGAGGCGCACCUCGAGGCCCAGCUUCCGCAUCAGGGCGAGAGGAAGCCCAGGAGACCCCAGGACCUAGGAGGUCCCGAGGCCGAGACCCCAUCAAGCCAGGGAUGUUUGGCUACGGGAGAGUGCCCUUCGCUUUGCCACUCCAUCGGAACCGCCGGCACCCCAGGAGGCCCCCUCGAUCUGAAAGCUCCAAGCCCUCAGAGGGCCCAGAGGCGACUCCAGGAGCAGAGCCAUCUCCUGCAAAUCACACCUCUGCAGUCCGGCUUCCUGUGGAACAGACUGCUCACACCACGUCCCCUCCGGCAGAACCCCCGAGCCCCAGCGCUUUUCAGACAGAAGUGCCCUCUAGAAGCUGGCCUGUCCCCACAAGCGCCCACCUUCAAGUCCAGGCCUCUGGCACAGAGCCCCCCUGGCCCCCUGCAGUUCCAGGGGCAAACAGCUCCCUCAACGCUUCCUCUCAGCCAACGAGGCCAAGGGUCCAGCCCCCCACCCAUUCCCGGAGGACAGAAAGAUACCCUAACCGCUUCCUUCCUGUCCCUCGGGGCCGAGGCCAGCAGAGCCGAGAGCACCGGAGGUCUGGAGAGACCCCUCGCAGGUACCCUGCUGGCUGGUUGCCCCUGCUGAGUGACAGCCCCCACACCAGCUCCCGAUGGAGCCUCUUCGCUCCCAGCAGCCCGAGAUGUGCUGGGGAGCCCGAGCAGCUGAGAGCGUGCUUCCAGGAGCCCUGCCCCCCUGAGCAGCCGGACCCCCGGGCCCUGCAGUGCGCAGCCUUUGACUCUCAGGAGUUUAUGGGCCAGCUGUACCAGUGGGAGCCCUUCACUGAAGUCCAGGGCUCCCAGCGCUGCGAACUCAACUGUCGGCCUCGUGGCUUCCGCUUUUAUGUCCGUCACACUGAGAAGGUCCAGGAUGGGACCCUGUGUCAGCCCGGUUCUCUCGACAUCUGCGUGGCAGGACGCUGUCUGAGUCCCGGCUGUGACGGGAUCCUGGGCUCGGGCAGACGUCCAGAUGGCUGUGGUGUCUGUGGGGGUGAUGAUUCCACCUGCCGCCUUGUCUCAGGGAACCUGACUGACCGGGGUGGCCCUCUGGGCUAUCAGAAGAUCCUGCUCAUUCCUGCCGGAGCCUCUCAACUCCAUAUCGCCCAGCUCCAGCCCAGCUCCAACUACCUCGCACUUCGAGGCCCCGGGGGCCGCUCUAUCAUCAAUGGGAACUGGGCAGUAGACCCCCCCGGGUCCUAUACGGUGGGGGGCACCACCUUCCAGUACCGCCGUCCUCCCCGAGAGGAAGGCGUGGGUGAGAGCCUGACAGCCCAGGGCCCCCUCAUGCAGCCCGUGGACGUCUAUAUGAUCUUCCAGGAAGAAAACCUGGGUGUUUCUUACCAGUAUGUCAUCUCCUCACCCCCCACGCCCGAGAGCCCUACCCCUGAGCCCCGUGCUCCCCUCCCACUGCCUGAGGUCUUGAAAGUGGUGCCCCCAGCUGUGGCAGCCCCUCGGCCUGCCCGCAACCCUGGCACUCUGCAUCGGCAGGUGCGCAUCCCCCAGGUGCUGGCACCUCCACACCCCCGGAACCCUGGGGGAACCCCAGCCGGCUACUGGAAGCAAGCAGGGUUCUCUGAGUGCUCAGCAUCCUGCGGGGAAGGUGUCUGGCAACCCAUCUUUCUCUGCAUUUCUCGGGAGUCAGGAGAAGAGCUGCAUGAACGAAGCUGUGCCACAGCCACCAAGCCCCUGGUGUCCCUGAAGCCCUGCCAUGGCCCUCCGUGCCCUCCAUACUGGGAGGCUGGUGAGUGGACAUCAUGUAGCCGCUCCUGCGGGCCUGGCAUCCAGCACCGCCAGCUGCUCUGCCGCCAAGAGUUUGGGUCUGGGGGCUCCUCGGUGCCACCCGAGCGCUGUGGCCACCUGCCCCGGCCCAACAUCACCCAGGCCUGCCAGCUGCGCCUCUGCGGCCACUGGGAGGUCCAGUCCCCCUGGAGCCAGUGCUCAGUGCGGUGCGGGCGCGGCCAUCGGACCCGGCAAGUGCGCUGCGUAGGAAACAAUGGGGACGAAGUCAGCGAGCGGGAGUGUGUGUUGGGCCCCCCGCGGCCCCCUAGCAAGGAGGCCUGUGACAUGGGGCCCUGUACUACGGCCUGGUUCCACAGCGACUGGAGCUCCAAGUGCUCGGCCGAGUGCGGGACAGGGAUCCAGAGGCGCACUGUCAUCUGCCUGGGCAGUGGGGAGGCACAGGGCGCGGGCCCAGCAGAGGCCGGGCCAGGUGCUCCCGCACACAGCUGUGCACCCGGAAGCCGCCCUGCCGACAUGCGUGCCUGCAGCUUGGGGGCCUGCGAACUGAGCUGGCGCUGGUUUGCUGGGCCCUGGGCCGAGUGCUCCUCAGAAUGUGGCUUGGGCACACAGCGCAGAGACCUCAUCUGUGUGUCCAAACUGGGCACCGAGUUCAAUGUCACGGCUCCCAGUAGCUGCUCCCACCUGCCCAAGCCCCCAGCCCUGCGGCCCUGUCAGGGCCACGACUGCCGGGACCGAUGGUUCUCCACCCCCUGGAGUCCGCUGGGGCCUCCCCAGUGCUCUCGCUCCUGCCAGGGUGGCGUGCAGACCAGGGAGGUGCAGUGCCUGACGGCCAACCAGACCCUUAGCAUCCGGUGCCCUCCGCACCAGCGCCCCUCCAAGAAGCGACCGUGCAACAGCCAGCCCUGCAGCCAGAGCCCUGAUGACCAGUGCCAGGACAACUCUCCACACUGCCCCCUGGUGGUGCAGGCCCGGCUCUGCGUCUACCCCUACUACGUGGCCACCUGCUGCCGCUCCUGCGCCCACGUCCUAGAGAGGCCCGCCGCGGAGCCCGCCUGAGGGGUCCCGGAGACCCCUUCCUCGUGCUUUCCUCAUGCCACUCAGUCACCCAUCAGCGUGGGAGCGAGUGUGCUGUGCGAUUCACUCCAGCACGUGUGUCUGGGCUGGUCUGGACGUGCGUGUGACUUCUCAGAAGCGAUACCGAGUCAAAACGGGGGCCGAACUUCCCUCUUUUCCGGGACUCUGCCAGGCGAAGAGGAAAGCAAGUUUGCAGCCCUUCAGCAAUCUGCGUCCCAGCUCUGAGCGGUCACUUCUCUUGUUCAGGCCUCUGUCUCCCUAACUACCGGCUCUUGCGUUGGUCGCUUCCCCUCGCAUAAAGUGCAGCUGGGGCUCAGUUCUGCCUUACCCCAGGAAGAGAUGACUACCCCAGAGCAGGACCAGCUGAGCAGGGGACAGAAUAGAGAAAUGUUUGAAUCGGAUACCCUAUUCCCUGCUCUCCACCUCUUAAAAACGGUUCCUACCCCAGAAUUUAUUUAUUUUUAUUAAAGAUAAUUAUGGCGAACGAGAA